UUGGUUUUGUCGUGUGGUCGUAGUCGUUCGUUCUUUCAAAUAGAGAAAGAAAUUCAAUAAAUUAAUAAAAAAUUAAUUUUAAAGGAAAAUUUGCAUCAGAAUAAACUUUUUAGUUGAUCUAUUAAAAACUACUCACUUGCCAUUUUAUAUACCAAAUAUUAUUUUGUCUUUAAACUUUGUUCCGAAAUUUAAUGCACCAAAAAGUAUUGUCCUGUUAAAGUUUUAAUUUUUAAAAAUGGCCAAUAUACUUGUUGAAAACUGGUGCCAUACCAAAUCGAAUAUCAUAAAAUUCAAUUUUACCUGGACAAUUGAUAAUUUUGAUUUUCUACCCAACAAAACUGGCGAAUCAUUACGAUCGUCGACAUUUUCUGCUGGGUCCCAUCACAAAUCAAAAUGGUUCCUAAAAAUCUAUCCCAAAGGCGAAUGCGAAGAUUCCAAAGACUUUAUAUCAAUUUACUUGCAUAUAGAGCCUUUUAUUAAAGGUGAAGUCUUGGCCAAAUAUAAUAUUUCAAUUUUAAAUUCGAAAGGAAAAAGUCAAAAGGGCGGGGAAACCUCGGAAAUAAAAUAUUUUAUGGCCUGUCAGGGAUGGGGUUACAAAAAGCUAGUCAGUCGAGGUUAUCUACUACACAAACCUAACGACGUUCUGCCAGACAAUAAACUCACAGUUCACUGUGAAGUCCAAGUUCUAUCUGACCGUGUCAAUACCAUGGGACAGAAGAAUAUUACAAAAUUUACAAUUCCUCAAUGUGAACUUGCCAAUGAUUUGGGUGUCCUUUGGGAUACUGAAGAUUUUAGCGAUGUGACGCUAGUAAUCGGGGAUUUAGAGUUUCCAUCUCACAAAAACAUCUUGUCUGCACGUAGUGAGGUUUUUUAUGCAAUGUUCGAACACGAUAUGGAAGAGCAACAAUCUAAUCGAGUUGUCAUAACCGAUGUUGAUUAUGAGGUUAUGCAAGAGUUGCUUCAUUUUAUUUACACGGGCAGAGCACCGAAUGCAAAGAAAAUGGCCGAUAGGCUUCUUAUCGCUGCUGAUAAAUAUGCAUUGUAUCAUUUGAAAGUUAUUUGUGAAGAAGCGAUAUUUUCGGGAUUGUCAAUUGAAACUGCUGCUACAACUUUAGCUUUGGCUGAUUUACAUAGUGCUGAGCAAUUAAAAAAGAAUACGAUAGACUUUAUUAAUAAUCAUGCAAAAGAAGUCGCUAAAACAGAUGAAUGGAUUAGUUUGGUAGAGAGUCAGCCGAGUUUGGUAGCUGAGACAUUUCAAGCACUUUUCGCACAAAAUAGCAACUAUCAGCUAUUUGAGUGCAAGAAAGAAAAAUCGUAGAUUGAAAAA